AUGGCAUCAUCAAAUGAAGCAGACCCGGUGUCCACCGAGGUUGAGAACCACUACUUCAGUUCGAACCCUCCUCCAAAAGACCUCCCUAAGCAUACCACCCAGGCCGAGGAGUUCAUCAACUUCCACCAUGCUGCCAACCGCCGCGUGUGCCUCGUCACGUCAGGCGGUACCACCGUUCCCCUAGAGAAGCAGACAGUCCGUUUCAUCGACAAUUUCUCUGCAGGCACGCGUGGCGCCACGUCGGCCGAGUACUUCCUCGAGGCCGGCUACGCAGUGAUAUUCCUGCACCGCCAGUUCUCCCUGCUCCCUUACUCCCGCCACUACAGCCACGCGACGGACUGCUUCCUGGACUUCCUGACCGAGGGGCAAGACGGGACGGUCGUCGCCAAGCCCGAGUUCACGCCCAAGAUGCUAUCCGUGCUGCGCAAGUACCACUCGGCUAGGAGCCAGAACCUGCUGCUGACGGUGCCGUUCGUGACGAUCGGGGACUACCUGCACGAGCUGCGCGCCAUUGCGCGCCUGAUGCAGCCUUUGGGUCCGGACGGCCUGCUGUACCUUGCCGCCGCGGCGUCCGAUUUCUUCCUGCCGCAGGACAGGAUGUCGGAGCACAAGAUCCAGAGCACGGGUGCCGUGGACGGGGUUAAGAAGGCGUCCGACAAGGCGGAGACAAAGGCACCGGCGAAGGGGAACUCGAGCGAGGAAGAGACAUUCGACAACUUUGACUCGAGCCCCCAGGUGCCGAGGAGCAAGAGGCUUGUAGUGGACUUGGACCCCGUGCCGAAGUUCCUGAAGAACCUUGUCGACGGGUGGGCCCCGCAGUGCAUGAUUGUGAGCUUCAAAUUGGAGACAGACCCAGAAAUCCUCGUGCACAAAGCGAAGUAUGCCCUCGAGCGGUACAGCCAUAACCUCGUCAUCGGCAAUCUGCUGUCUACCCGCAAAUGGGAGGUCGUAUUUGUGUCGCCAACCCGUCCGGACAAGUGGAUCCGCGUGCCGUCUGUCCAGACCACAGCCGGUCAUAAGAGGACGAUCAGUGAGACCGAGAAGGAGAAACCCCUGGAUCCUAGCACGCUGCCCGAGGGAGAUCCGGAGGUCGAGAUCGAGAGUAUCAUCAUUCCUGCCCUAAAAGAGGUUCACACUGCCCACAUUGUAGAGGCUAAGGGCACUGAGAACGGGGAGAAGAAGGCUUGA